AUGAACGUCUGGAAGGGGCUUACAGCCUGCUUUAUGGUGGUGUGCAGUUUUAUAAUUCUCUCGGACGGCGUUCCUGUAAACAGUGAGAAGACUGGUAACAAUCUACAAGCCACGACAUGGCUUGUAAAAUACGGCUAUGUUUCACAAGAGAACCUCGACAUCUCAGAGAGAGGGCCAGGGCGUUUGAAAAACGGAACAGAAGUCUUACUCCCGCCACCUGACUUUAACCUGACCGCCGCCAUUGUGAAGAUGCAGAAGAAUUAUGGGAUACCUGUCACCGGAAAAAUGGACAACGCCACCAGACACAUAAUGCGCAUGCCUAGGUGUUCUGUGAAGGACCCGGCAGACUGGCUCUCUGUGGAUGUGGCGCCGUAUGUUCUCUCAGGAACCAAGUGGCACAAAUUCCACAUCACGUAUAAGAUAACCGAGUACACGCCUCGGCUGAGCCGAUCAGAGGUCCGCAGGAUCAUGCACGACGCGUUCCAGAUCUGGAGCGACUACACGCCGCUGGACUUCACGGAAGUGACGUCAGGAAAUGCGGAUAUGCUGAUCGCCUUCCCGCGGUGGGACCACCAGGACGGCACUCCUUUUGACGGGCGAUGGGAUCCCAAUCGAGGAACGGGUCUUGGUCUCGCGCAUGCGUUCAUGCCACCCAGUUCCGAGCGCAUCGCAAAGAAGUAUGGGAUAGAUGGCGACACCCACUUUGACGGAGACGAGCUAUGGACGACGGGAACGCAUCGUGGCGUUGACCUUCUGCAGGUCGCCACGCACGAGUUCGGGCACGCCCUUGGCCUUGGCCACACCCUGGUUCCGGGAACCAUCAUGUACCCAGCCUACAUUUACAAGGACAAGUACUGCAUCCACCCGGACGACCUGCAGGGGAUACAGGCUAUGUAUGGUUCCAGGAAAAGCAAGAACCCGCUGAUACCAGUCUGCUCUCUGUUGCCGGAGAAAUGCCAUGAUUCAAAGUACGAUGCCGUGUUACAGUUCCGAGGGGACACAUAUUUUAUCCAGGGAGUGAAGUAUUUCCGUAGACAGAGCCACCAGGUGCAAGGGCCGAUCCUCCUCACCAAGAUGUGGACUCACCUGCCGGACAAGAUAGACGCCGGGUACGAGAGGAAGGACGGCUUCGUCUUCUUCUUCGGAGGGUCCAAGUACUGGAAAUACAAUGGUCGCCAGCUGGAACCGGGAUACCCAAGGUACAUCUCGACAGACUUCGGGUUGCCUAGCGACCUGGAUGCGGCAUUGCCAUGGCAACCGACAGGGAAAACAUAUUUCUUCAAGGGCGAAAGGUACUGGCGUUUCGACGAAGAGACGGGCCGGAUAGACGACGGCUAUCCCCGUCCCAUCUCCGUCUGGAAGGGCGUGCCCAACCAUGUGGACGCCGCAACGCAGUACAUUGAUGAUGAUAGCGUCUAUUUCUUCAAGGGGCGGCGUUACUACAAGUACAGCGAGAAAGCUCUCCUGGUGCUUCCUGGGUACCCAAAAUACACCGCGGAAUACUGGAUGGACUGUCCGCCGCAGUCCCCGGAUGAAGAGGACGAUGACGACAUCUACAUCCCGCUCCAGCCCCAGCCCACACGCCUACAGGUCUGUGGCAGUUUGAGCCACUCUACAGUAGUCACCACCAUGAUGAUUCGACUGGCCAUCCUGUUGUGUAUGGUGGUGAGUUGCCACUCCCUUUCCUGUACCCCGUGUCACGCCACCCGAUGCCAGGCGCCUGAAAACUGCCCCGGGGGCAUCGUCAAGGGAGUGUGUGGGUGCUGUGACGUGUGUGCAAAGGUUAAAGGGGAAGAUUGUGGCGGUCCAUGGAACAUCGCGGGAGUCUGUGACGAGGGACUCAUUUGUGACAAGCCUGAUGAUGAUUUUAACUCCCACGGAACCUGUGAAGAGAAGGAGUCUUCUUCUGCAGAUUGUGGAGAAAACGCGCACUUCGAUGCCUGCGGCCACGGCGCCUGCCAGCCGACCUGCGACAACCCCACACCCAUCUGCACCGCGCAGUGCAUCCCGGGAUGCCAGUGUGACGACGGGUUCGCGCUGCAUGACGGGAAGUGCAUCGCCGAGGACCAGUGCCCGUACCCGAUCAAGUGUCCCGAACACAGCCAUUUCCGUCAGUGCAGCACGUGCAAGCGCACGUGUGAGAACCCUAACCCCGUCUGCACCAGGGAGUGCAAGCCGCCAGGCUGCCACUGCGAUGUCGGCUACCUCUGGAAGGAGGGACGCUGCAUUCCCAGGAGUCAAUGCGAUGGCUGCUCCAUCGAAGGAGCCGACUACUACCCGAACGGAGCGAAGUGGGCUGAUGAGACUGAGGGAACAAACUGCAUGUGUCUGCGGAAGCAGGUUUUCUGCACUCCGAUAGACCGGACCCACUGCGCGGAGAACUCCCGUCUCGAGCUCACAUGGGUCGCUGGCGAAAACUAUCCCAUUUGGACCUGUAUCGUCGAAUCUCCAGAGAGGACUCCAGUGGAGCCUCCUGACCGGAAGUGCCCGGAAAACAGCCACUUCCGGCGGUGUGGGUCAGGUGGAUGUCAGCCGACGUGCGAGGAGCCGAACCCCGUCUGUCACCGGGCAUGUAUCCCGUCAUGCCACUGCAACCCCGGCUACGUCAGCGGGGAGGGGGGCUGCACUCCCAUCAGCCAGUGCGGUGGAUGUUUGCUGGAAGGUGGCCAAUACUACCCGAAUGGAGCCAAGUGGGCGUCUCAGAAGGUGGGUGAGAACUGCAUGUGUCUGAAGAAGAAGGUUUUCUGCGCGCCGAUAGACAAGACCCACUGCCCUGUGUUCUCCCGGAUAGAGACCAGUGAGACCGGCAGCCAUGUUAUCUGGACCUGUAUGAAAGAUGCGUCGACGACCACGACGAAGUGUGAGAGGGAACGCGAGCUCGCCCUGGAGUCCGGCGCGAUGGACGUGUUCGUGAAACAGUGCGACGAUGACGGGUCGUACCUGCCGGUCCAGUGUUACGGCUUCACCGGCGACUGUUACUGCGCACACCCGCACACGGGCGCACUGUACCAGGAGACCAGCGCGAAGGGACCGCCGGGGGCGGACUGCAGUACCUACUGGCAGUCGCAAGGAGAUAAAUCAGCUCCAGAGCCGAAGACGAAGUGUGAGAUAGAGCGAGACUCUGCUGUCCGGCGGCCCGGAGUCUUCAUCAAGCAGUGUGACGACCAGGGGAGGUACCGCGUGGUGCAGUGCCAUGGCUCGACAGGCUACUGCUUCUGUGCCAACCCGAGCGACGGGAAGAUUUUCCACGAGACCGGGAAGAGAGGGCAGCCGAAGCAGGACUGUGACAAGUACUGGAAACGGCACGCACUAAAGACGAAGUGCCAGCAGGAGCGUGAGCGGGCUGAGGCUGACCUGGCCUCGGGCAUGGUGGGCCUCUUCGUCAAGGAGUGCGCGGAGGACGGCUCCUACAGGACCCGGCAGUGCCACGCCUCCACCGGGUACUGCUACUGCGUCCAUCCGGAGACCGGGACGGAGUACAGGGAGACCGGGGUGAGACCGUGGGAGACCGCGGGGGCUGGGUACGACUGCGACACCUACUGGAAAACGAAGGGUGAAGAGACCAAGAAAGAAGAGCUGUGA